CAUGAUAUCAGAAUGAUCCAGUCAGCUAUUUUAUGUUUGGGAGUGGGCCUAUAGCGCCUCGCAUAUGGACGGCUGCCCGGCUUCACUGUUCGUCAUCGCGUUUUUUCCAGCGUCCUCCUGCGUAUGCAUGUAUGCGACCGACGGCUUGAUUUCAUAACGUGGUGAGGAAGAGAGGAAUGGGGUUUUGAGCACGGAUGAGCACCAGACCCGGUACAUUCUAUGCACCAGCAGUGUUAUCUGUGUUCCCGGGCCAUGCACACGGUGCUUUAGAGGAGAUGCGGUAGUGGAGGCUGCUGAUGCUGCUGUCCGAUCAGCUGUUUUUUGCGUCUUGAGCAUCAUCGCCGUGACGGCCAGAGAGACCCAGAUCAAGCUCCGGAGCCAGGGACACCGCAGACCGGAUCACGCAGGAUGGAGUUCAAGCAUCUGGUGGAAGCGGCGGAGAAGUGGUGUUCCGGUAAUCCGUUCGACCUCAUCUUCGCCGAGGAGGACGACGAGAGGCGGCUGGAUUUUUACGCAGAGCCCGGCGUCUCCUUCUACGUACUGUGUCCCGGCGGUACCGACAGUUUUCACGUGUGGAGCGAGAGUGAGGACUGCCUUCCCUUCCUGCAGCUGGCCCAGGACUACAUCUCCUCCUGUGGGAAGAAGACUCUGCUGGAGGUGCUGGAAAAGGUCUUCACAUCCUUCAGGCCUCUGCUGGGUCUGCCAGACAUAGAGGACGACAGUUUUGAGCAUUACCACGCUGACAUGGAGGGAGAACCAGGGCCAGACCACCAGCAGAUGGGGGUCAGCCAGCAGUGAUGAUCCCAGAGACGAGGCCUGCAGCUGGGGCAGAGCUGCUCUGAGCCUCCAUUUAUCCGUCCAAACACUUAACAACACACUUAUCAAAAUACACACACACAGAAACACAAACACACACAAACAUAUUUACAGCCAACUUGCUAAAAAAUGCACCACCAUGUUCUUGAAUGUCUCAGUGGCUUUGCUUCCCAAAGAGUGCACUCUGUUGCACUAUUUUGACCCUCUCAACAAACCAAACACACAAACACACAAACACACACACACACACACACACACACACAUUGGGGCUACGUGAGCAGCAGCCAUGUACAACGCAAGUAUCGUAAUGAUUCACCGUCCGGUUAGUUAAAGUUCCACAGCACAGCAAUAUUACAUGGGCCUCAGCUGGCUUUGUUAUGCAGAAAUACAGUCAGAUGUUACCGCAAUACACACAUCUCCCCCAUGGCUUCAAAGAUGAAUGUGACAGAUAACCUACUUUCUCUGCCUGCCUGUUGACACUGAAGAUACAUGAGAGCUAAAUGAAAGUUGUAUGGGUGAAAACUGUCAGUUUGUGGCUGUGUGAGGCAAGGAGAGAGAGAGACGCAGGUGAAUAGAGGGGGGAGGAAGGAGGGGAGAGCGGUAUCAUUUUCCACCUCAUGGAGGGAGAGGAGGCAAAUAAGAAGACGGAGCGGUUCUCAAAUUAUACCUUUUAAAAACAGUUAAAAUGCAGUAGUUGUAUAGGUUUCAAUCAAACGUAUUUUAAACAUUGGCGCUUUACUUUCAAAUCAAAGUGUGCAGCUUUACAGUAGCAUGGAUCAUCUCUGAGGUGUUUUUCUUAAGUUUCCAAGGCAGUACACCUCAAAGCCACAUUUAAAUCAGUGUUACUAUCAUAUGACCAUCACAACAAAGGCCCAUGCUGCAGUUUAAGCCCUGUUUUGGGUGUCUCAUUGUCACAUGACACCCUAGUUCUUCUAUCUUGUAGUCUUCCUUCCUGGCUGUUGGUGGUUCACAGUUCGCCCUCCUUUCUCAGCACAAUCUGAGGAGAAAUCUUCCUAAAGCUAGCCAAAUCUCUUUUGCGUGUGUUGUUAUGAUUUCAUAGCUUCUUGCGAGGUUUCUCUUAACCAUGAAUUUAUCAAGUGCACACCCGAACCUCUGAGUGAUAUCACAGGAAAGAGAAUAUAUUUGAGAGCUGCCCUCUGCCUACCCUGUAAUCUCUAAUCUCACAGUGUGUUGUUGUAUGUCACAUCCAGUGCACUGCUUAUGCUUUAGCCCCCUGCUGCUGUCACCCACCCCACAUGCAAGACUGUUUCAGAGGUUUCUAGCUCGUUUACUUUGGCUUGUAAAUGUUUUUCUUUAUUGCCUAUUUGAAUGUUUAUCAUGCAGUGUAUCUUCUGUUUGUCCUCCGAUGUGUGUGGAAUUGUUCAAUAAACGUGUGAACAGAGUGA